AUGGCCCAACGAGUCACCCUCCGCAAGCGUACCCCGUACAACACCACCUCUGCCCGAAGGAGGGUCGUCAAGACUCCCGGUGGAAAGUUGGUCGUUCACCACUUGAAGAAGUUGGCUAACGGACCCAAGUGUGGUGACUGUGGUCUCGGACUCCCCGGUGUCCCCGCUCUCCGACCCAGGGAGUACGCCACCCUCUCCAAGAGGCAGAAGACCGUCCAGAGGGCUUACGGUGGAUCGAGGUGUGCCGGAUGUGUCAAGAACAGGAUCACCCGAGCCUUCUUGAUCGAGGAGGCCAACAUUGUCAAGCGUGUGCUCAAGGCCCAGGCUGUCGCCCCCAAGAAGAAGUAA